GUGUGUCUCACUCAACUUAGCACCACGAAAUGUGUCUCCCCUCAGCACAGACACACACACACUAACGUGAGACGUGCCAGUUAACGGUUUUUUGUUUUGUUUUGUUGGCAUUUUGAAGUUUUCGUUUUGUCGCCUUCAGCUGGUUUCGAUGUUAAACUCUGUAUUAAAACAUUCCGCCUGUAAAACGCAUUUAUAUUUAUUGGCCCGACUUCGUUUUCUCCUAAAGAGUGUCCGCUUCCCCUCCCCUCGAUGAAGCGCUGCGAUGCCCUCUGAUUUUAUAUCCCUCCUUAGCUCGGACCUCGACCUCAAUUCCCCCAAAUCUCUAUACUCAAAAGAGUCGGUAUAUGACCUCCUCCCCAAAGAGCUCCAGCUCCAGCCGUCGUCCACCCAGACAGACCCAGCCACCAUGAGCCAGAAGAGUGGGGGAGAGGCGGGACCUCCCCCCUCUGCAGCCUUGGCCUCAGAUGCCACAUCCUCCACCUCCAGCCCCUCUGCCUCUUCCUCCCUGGCCAUGGGAGUCCCAUCCACUGGCUCCUCUACCUCAUCCUCAGACCAUCUCAAGGUUCCCCAGCAUCUCCACUCCACCGGAGGGGAUGGAGCUGGAGCUUCAGAGAUGCAAAGUAUGGAAGGUGCUGUAUCUGCCCCCAGCAGAGGCAACAGUGGAGCAAACACUGCGACAGGAGACAUAGGGUCAGGAGUGUUGUCAGGGCUGGGAGUCCAGCAGCUUCAGAACACCCCAUCAAAACGGAGGCCUGUGUUGAGCAUAUCCCCGCCACCUGAGGAUCUAUUUGAUGACAGCCAGAUGUCUUGCCAAGAGGAGCCUACUGUAGCUGGUCCACCAGGUCCAGACUCUGAGCAUAGCAGCAGCAUGUGGGCUGAUGACUCCGUCUCCAACUUCAGCUUGAUCAGCUCCAUCUCCUACAACGACAACACAGAGGUGCCGCGCAAGUCUAGAAAACGCACCCCUCGUCAGCGGCCUGGCCCCAAGCCUGCUCCUCUGGAGGACAGCAUGGAUGUGUUUGAUGCUGACAGUGCCAAGGCCCCUCACUUUGUCCUAUCCCAGCUGGGCACAGACAAGACCAGUCCCAUAGCCAGCUCUCUUGAGUCAGGGACUGCAGUAAAAGGUGGGUCACUGUCUACUCAGUUCCCCCAGAGGAGUGAUGGGAAGGAGCUAAAGAUCCUGGUGCAGCCAGAGACUCAGCACAGAGCUCGCUAUCUGACAGAAGGCAGCAGAGGGUCUGUCAAAGACCGCACACAGCAGGGAUUCCCCACUGUCAAGUUGGAGGGUGUGAGUGAACCAGUUGUGCUACAGGUGUUCGUAGCGAACGAUGCAGGCAGAAUAAAACCUCACGGUUUCUACCAGGCGUGCAGAGUGACGGGACGCAACACCACUGCCUGCAAGGAAGUGGACAUAGAGGGCACCACUGUUAUUGAGAUCCCACUGGAGCCCAGCAAUGACAUGACACUUGCGGUGGACUGUGUAGGAAUUUUGAAGCUGCGUAAUGCAGAUGUGGAGGCCCGUAUAGGUGUGGCAGGGUCCAAGAAGAAGAGCACUCGCGCCAGACUGGCCUUCAGAGUUGGCAUUCCCCAACCUGAUGGAUCUGUACUUACUCUACAGGUCCCUUCAUCACCCAUCCUCUGCACCCAGCCAGCAGGAGUGCCAGAGAUCCUGAAGAAGAGUCUUCACAGCUGCUCAGUGAGAGGAGGAGAUGAAGUUUUCAUAAUUGGAAAGAACUUCCUCAAAGGAACCAAAGUUAUUUUUCAAGAGAACAUUGCAGAUGAUAAUUCCUGGCAAGCUGAGGCAAAGAUUGACAUGGACCUUUUCCAUCAGAACCAUUUGAUAGUGACAGUCCCUCCGUUCCACAACCAGUCAAUCACUUCCCCCGUUUCUGUGGGAAUCUUUGUGAUGACCAAUGCUGGUAGAUCACAUGACGCCCAGAGCUUCACCUACACUCCAGACUCAGCUGAUAACUCAAAUAUCCGGACAGUAAAAACAGAGGGACCCUCACUGGUCAAGACGUGUAUAUUUGACGGCCAGAUCAAAUCUUUAUCUUCUGAGAGAACUGACUGUGCUAGUCAGCCUUCCAAACGACAAGAGGACACACCAAUGGAAGUGUCGAGCAAUCCACCGCCCACAGACGUCUUCAAGCCCACCCCUGACCCUCUCGUCUCAGUGCAGCAGACCCUGGAGCUCAGCUCUAGUCCUCAUCCAGGUGGAGAGUCCUUUCAGAGCCCAAUGCCGCUACAACCCGAAGACGUGGAGCUUCCACAGGCGCCCCCUGUCUUCCCUAGCCUGGAGUCUUUAAGCACUAUACAGAAGCAAGACAUCGCCCCCACAACCUCCUUCCCAGUGUCGGGAGAUACUACAAUCCCUCCUGUGACACCCGAAGUCCCUCAGCAAUUCCUCAGAGACCCUCAGGAUAGCUUGGCUCCUGAGAGUUCUAAUAAUAGUGGUGGGGUUGUAGUUGUGGCCAUGCCCCAGAUAGCAACUCCCUCUCAGCCCCAGACACAACAGCCACAGGUUCCCCUGUUCCCGCAGGAAGGGGUGGCACAGCUGGAGAGGGCAGUAAGAGAGCUACAAGCUGGAGGUAACACCACGCUCCAGCAGGUUUUGGAGGCAGCUGUAGCCCAACAGCAGCUUAACUCUGUGCUGUACAGCCCCACACCCUCUGCAGACUCCCUUCAGCAGCACGUCCAGGAGAACAUGAAUAGCCUUAGAUUGGGAACUGCAGAUAAUUCUCUAUCGACACAGCAACAGCUACAGAUACAACAGCAACAGCAGAUACAGCAGCAACAGCAGCAGCAGCAGCAGAUACAGCAGCAGCAGCAGCAGAUACAACAACAGUUUCAACAGCAUCAACAACUGCAUCAACAGCAGCAAAUCCUUGGUAACCUUCAGCAUCAACAGCAGCAACACUUGCAGCAGCAACAGCAGCAAGUUCUUGGCAACAUGCAGAUCCAACAACAACUUAUAUUACAGCCUCACGACCAACAGCAAUUGCAGCAGCAGCAAAUCAUGGAGAAUAUUCAACAGCAGCAGCAACAACAACAGUUGCAACAAAAUCAGCAACAGCAAGUCCUUAACAACAUCCAACUUCAGGAUCAGCAACAACAAAAUCAAAUACUUACCAAUUUACAACAACAUCAGCUACAACAGCAGCAGCAACAGCAGCAAAAUCAAGCGUUGAGCAACUUACAACAGCAACAACAACUGCAGGAGCAGCAGGUCUUGGAGAAUUUACAGCAGCAACUUCAGGCUGAGUUGCUUCAGCCCCAGAUCCACUCCUCCCCCCAGGUACAGCAGCCAGUGUCCCUCCUUCAACAGGCUGGAGAACUGCUCACCAUUCAGACCAACUUCCCAACACAGCCUCCAUCCCACACAUCUCCCCCACAGCAACUCUUCCAAUCGCCCAGGCCCCUGGCUGAGACCCAGGGCUCCCAACAGCAGGUCCAGGCUGCCUUGCUCCAGAAUACACUGACUGUUCUGGCUAGUGGCAGUCUCAACUCAGAGCAGCAGUCAACAGGGUCAACCCUAUACUUGUCCCCAAACCCUCAGUCGCAACAACAGCAACAGCCGCAGCUGGCAUUCAUCUCCUCCAUGGAGACAUCCAACCAGCCCCAGUCUGUUGCAAUGUUUCAGAACCAACCCCAAGCUCAGCUCUCCCAAAUGCAGCAACAGAGCACCCCCAUGGAACAGCAGCAGUCUCCACAGCAGAACCAACAACAGCCACCACAGCUUCCAAUGGGUCAGCAGGGCUCCUUGUUCCAAAGUAUCCCAAACCACUCACCAGCUAACCCUGUCACCCAGAGCCAGCUUUCCCAACCCCAGCAGACAGGUCUGCUCCUCUGCACCACGGAUCUAAACCCACAGGCUAUUCCCCCAACUAUUCUCUUCAGCACCCAGACCCAAGGCCCUUCCCCUAUGGGGAGCAUUAGCGUUGGAAUCUCCCAGCCAGACCCAGCAGAGCCCAUGUCCUUCCAAGACCAGAGCUCAUCAGGCAGCAACUCGACAACCACUGAGAACCAACAGCAGAGCCUGUUCCAGGAACAGCAGCCAAUGCAAGUGGGCCCAAGUUCCAGCAACAUCCCAAGCAGUCAACCCGUGGAGCUUUUUUUGCCACAGACAUCUCUGUCAAGCCUGCAGAGCGCCAUUGGUUCACAGGAGCUGAACAACCAGGCUCCAGCCCCUGGCACAACCAUCUUUGUGGUACAGAGUGGUGUGGGUGUGGUAGCCAACCCUGGCCAGCAGCCCCCAGAGCAGCUUUUCCAGACAACUGUGGGUGGGAAUGUGGCGCCACAAGGACAGGCCAACCUGUUUGUGUUUGGCAUCCAAAAUGAUUCGCCCCAGCUGCUCAGUUCCUCCGGACCCACCCUGCCAGCUCAGGGCCAACACCAGAACUCCAGUCACAUGCAGCCCAUGGCCCAAGCUGCCCCUGCAAUGCAGACCACCAUGCACAACAGCUUACAGAACACCCUUCAGGCACAAAUGCAGUCGAGCUUAGAGAACGCCAUGCAGACCGGCCUACAGAAUGCAAUGCAGACAAACACACAAACGGCUCUGCAGUCCAGUUUACAGGCAACCAUAGAAACAAGCCUGCCAACUCCAAUGCAGACCAAUCUACAGACACAGAUACAGAGCAGCUUACAGAAUCAAUUGCAGGCGUCAAUAUCGGCAUCCUCCAACAUGGAUAAAAUUGAGGACCUGCUGGAAAGUCUACAGAAGCAGUGAUGAAUGUUUGGACCAUGUGGGCACUAAGGAGAGUGAGUAAUAUGUAGCUGAAAGUUAUACAUCUUUACACCAACAGACAGAAUGGCGGUGCGUGGUGUUUUGUGCCAAUUCCACAAAACUAAGAAAAUUUUAAAUAUUUAAGAAUUAAAUGCCCCUUUUACCUAAAACACAAAUUAUGAGCUCAUGUAACUCCUUGUUUUAUGGAAUAUUUAUAAUCAAUUAUAGCCAUCAUACAUCCAUUGUCCUUGAAUUGAUGAAUCCGCCUUUGUUAUUACCCCUCUUGCAGGAUCAGAGAGGCCUGUAAUAACUGCUUUAUCCAUCAGUCUCAGAAAUGCAGUGUUUUGUUUGUUUUAAAAAUGUGAGCCUAAGAGAUGAUAAAAGCCUACCAUGUUUGGUGGAAAAAAACUGGAAAGAGAUGUAAAGAAUGUCAGCAACAGGGGAAUAGUAAUGUGAUGGGGAUGAGUCCGUAAAAGCAGGCAGAGUAGACGAAACAGCCAGCCAUGGAGUGAAUAACAGAUUGCACAUAAGUGUCAGAUAUAGGCUAGGUCUCAUUUUUUGUGUGUGUGUGUAAACUUCAAGCCUUCACUUCAGAGCGUCUAUGAGAUGUGUUUUCGUCUGUUCAUCGUGUGAGGCAACAGAAGAGGGUAGGGGGUUUACCUAGCAUAGAAACAGGGAUGAAAUAAUGACACAACCACUCAAUUUAAACUAAUUUUUACCAUGGAUGAUAUGAUUUUUUUUUUUUUGCAAUUAGUUAAACCUUGUGUUUCAUAUGUCAACAAUUUGACUAAAAUCUACUCUAAGAGUAAACUAUUUAAUUAAGUACUUUGAUAGAAUGUUUUGCCUCCAUCAUGUUUGCUGGCAUGGCUGGACUCUGCAACUGAGCAGACUAUCAGACGGAGGAGAUAUCAACUCCACCAAAAUGAAAUAAACACUCAACAAAAUGGGUAUCAAUACAUUAUGGUAUUGUAGGGAAUUCCCCCAUGUGCAGAAAGAGGAGGGACUAAGGGGCUAAUAAACACUCGCAAAUGAGAUUCAACCUGGUGAAUAAUGUGACUUGGGACCUCCCCAGUGUUUUCAUACGUUCAGGCCUCAUCGCCGGGUUUGCAGAAGCAUUCUUGGUGAAAUUUUACGAAGCAUUCGACUAUGUAGUGUGUGUAUCUUUUGUUUUUUUUGUUUUUUUGUUUUGAAGAAGUUGGUAACCCUUACCAAUUUAAUGUGGAUAGAGAAACUUUCCACUCAUGAAAAAAGGAGUGUUGUGUGAGUUUUAUAAACAUUUUAUCUCAAGCACUUUAUAACCUCUAGCUAAUCCUUAUAUCCGUCCACAGCUCUGUACUGACCCAGCUGAAUUUGUACUCAGAAACGUCCAGUUAAAAACACACAAAAAAAAAAACUUAAAGCAGUUUCAUUGUAAAGGUAAAAACAUCCUAACCAAGCAUUUUUACAUUUUGUCAUGUCUGAAUAUUUUUGAGGUCUAGGACAAAUUUGUAUAGAACGUCUGCUCACUGUUGAAUUCCUCUUUGUAUUCAGUCUCAGUGGUCCAGUCAAGUCUGUCAACAGCCAUUCCCACUAAAGCAUUGUCAUUUUUCAGUGUUGGAGUGGUAAGUGGGCCUUUGUGUUUUACACACUGGCAAAACAAACUAAAAAUACUGAUUCAUUUAGUUUUGUGCAUUGAAAUGAAGAAUUUUCAUCGUGUUGCUAUUUGUACUAUUUACCGUUCAAUCUGUCACUUGUUUUACCUUGUGUUGUUUUAAAUAUUUAAUUUUUUUGUCUCAGUGUUGGUACCAUGUGCAGGCUGGCGCCAUGUGAAGUUGGCAUCCAGUUACCCGUCCCUUGUGUUGUGAACAGGGGCUCACUGGUAAAUGAAAUCUCUGUUACAUAGAGGGCGCCAUUCUAUCGAUGGUGCUAUGUACAGGAGUGAUGGGCACUUCUGAUGUGAUGUUAGAACAUAACAGUUUAUACUUAAUAUCAACAGCACUGACGUUAUUUGUUAGUUUUGAAGCAGAGAUGAGUAGAGAGCUGGCUGUUGUGGGGUCAGACUGGAGUGCACCCAGGCAUACCAAAGCUCCUGUUGUGAAUCGUCGUCACCUUGUCUCAUAUCUGUCCUCGCAAAUGUCCUCAUAACGUUUACUCAUUUAAAUUAUGCAGCUCUCACAUGGAUAGCAAUUCAGCAUGUUGUUUUGUUCAAGUACAAGAUUUAUAAAAGAUAUGUAGAGGUACUUUGUUUCAUGGAUCAGUUCAACUCUCAUUAACAUUUCCACCAAUUUGAUAUUUACAUUUCUCAUUAAAAUUACUCUAUUUUUUGAUGCAAAAUAAAACUGCUGUACUUUCCAUAUCUACAACAGUAGCCAAUUUGGCAUUAUCAAAAAAGCCAAUUUUUAGAGUUCAAAUGUUAGAAUAGCAUUGCUCAUAUGCAUUUGUUUACAUUUUCAUAGUCAUACUAUUUUGUCCUGCGGCUGUUAGUGAUCCAUUUUAAAGUAACUUAUCUUUUUUAGAAUUUUGUAUCCAUGUAUCAAAAUGUAGAGUAUUUUUGUAAAACUAAACUUUUUUUUUUGUUUUUGUUUUAUGCUCAUAGCACAGAAUAUCAUUGCUGGUAUGUUUUCCUGACACGUGGCGCAGGUUUAUUGUGAAGUGUAUGACUGAACUUUAGAAAUGUAAUUAAGUGGACAUCAAGCAAAUAAUGUUAGAAAGUAAUUCAACUGUUUUAACAUUGAGUUUAUCCAACUUGUAUAACGUAAUGCAUGGGCUAGAUUUCUUGUGUGUGUGUGUGUUUUUGUUCUUACUUUUCUUUUUUUUUUUUACAUAUAUAUACAUAUAUAUAUGUCAUGCAUCUCAAAUGGCACUUUGACUCAUCCAUUAACUGUAGGUCAGGUUAGAGCGCAGUAGUGAUGUUUCCAAGCAUUCCAUUCCUCCUGGGUUAGGGGAGUUUAAGAGCACAUGAUGUUUGCGGAAGAAGUUGCAGAACAGUAAUGCCUCUUAAAGCCAUACCAACACAGAAAGCCAACCUGUGACUUCAGUUUCAUGAAUGUAAGUUUUACCUCAUGGUGUGGACAUAGAGCUUGCUCUACAUCUAACAUCGGACCAAUUACAGUUUUAGAGAACAUAUAUUUUGAGGCAGAGGAGAAUGGGUGGGGUGGCACCAAAUGUCAUUUGUAUCACUAUACAUUUGUCAGAUUGUUUUGUCUUGGACUGUGGUGUAAUUUCAUGUCCUCGCGUCCAAUUGUUUUUUUUAAUUUUGAGCAAUCCAGGAUGCUCAGUCUGACUCGUCGAAUAGCCACUUCCACCUAACAAGAAAAACAAAAACAAACAAAAAACAUGUGAAACAUGAAUUUAUUGGUGGUGAAGAUAGCACACAAAUCUUUACUCAAUAUCGGUUUUGUCCUUCAGUCAUGUAAAUGAAUAUCCAUGUAUAUUUAAAUGUGAAAUAUACUGCAGGGGGUAUCUUGAAUUUCAAUUGUGAUGCUUUCAACAGAACUUUGUGUGCCUUGAUAACUUAACUGUUACUCUGCUGUGUUUACUGGUGUCCCUUUUGUGUCACUGCUAUUUGGCUCCAUGUCCUUUUUAUUCACUGUUUAACAUCAGGACAGUUUUCAGUGAUUGAUUGAUUUUUAUUUUUUAAACACAAGCAUAACCAUAGCCCAUACUGAUGUAUUUUAUAAACGUUUUCUCUUGGAAAUCCAUUGCAAGAUAUCAGAGUAAAUACUCAACAACAUAAUAUUGUGCAGCUUCACCAGUGAAUUGUCAAAUUGUUAUUUUCUGUUGAAAAUGUUUUUUUUUUUGUUUUUUUUCUUCAUGCCUCAUGAGAUUUGUACAUGUGAGGUAAAAGGGACGAGACAGUGGAGAUUGUUUUAUGGAGAGCUUUCUUGUGUUGAUGUGCUUGUCAACAUUACUAUUGUUGCUGUGAAAUGCUUGAUCAAAAGGAGCAACCAUGAUAAAUUAACUGUUAAAUUGCCAAUAGUGUGAGCUGUAUCUUGUGUGUAAUCAGUUUGCUCACUUUUCCUAGUUCGCUUUCUAUUCCACAUUCUCCAACAGUUCUGUUGUAUCCGUUCUGUGUAGCUUGAGCUUUAGUAUCUAGCCUUAAAACCCUGCAGUCGGGAUAAAGGUCAACCCCAGUGUGUUAUCAUACAUCUGAACUAUUAUUAACAUGUAAUUUGCCUUGGUCUGGACAUUUGUAUACUCUUCUGUUUAUAUCUGUAAUCCUGCUGCUACAUUAAAUGAAUUAAUAAAAAA